UUGUGUUUGAUUCCAAUUCCAAGUUGGUUUUCGUUGGCUUCCUCUGCUCUUCAAAGAAUAACCACCUCCUAAAGAUAUACCCAACCCUUCUUCCCUCUUUCAUUUUCCUCUCUCUUCUUUCUCUGAUUUCUAUCCUGGAGGAGCUUCCCUUUCUGAUCCCCCAGAUCAUGUAACGGAGGUUCCUUCUCCAUUUCACACCAUUCUUUUUCAUUUAAUAUUACAAGACAUAAAUUAAAACCACCACCUUCCAUUCAUCCCUCUUUCUUCUUCCCCAAAUCCCAUUCCAUGACCGUUCAAGUUGAGAUUGAAGAUCAAACAGAUCAAAUUCUGCAGCCUGAAAUGGAAAUUGGGGAGAUUGGGAAAAGAAAAAAGGAAAUGGAAGAAACAGAGGAAGGAGAAGAAGGAAUGAAAGUGAAGGGCGAGGAGGAAUUUGUGUGCGAUGAAAACUCGCCGAGGGGUGUGUUUGAGAUUCCGAUUGUGGGGACGGAUUCGGACCAGAGCGAAAGCAGCAGCGGGGACGGCGGAGGAGAAGACGGAGAAGGCACUCUGACAGUGGCGGAGAAGGCGCUAUUACCGGGGGCUCUUCUCCAAGAGGUGGGUGGAAUUCCAUGGAAAGCGAUGAUUGGGUGCAUAAAGAAGAAAUCGGUUUGGAGAUUCUCCACCAUUCCAUUACUGGCUGCGAGCUAUGAGAUUUCUAGGAAGAAUUUUAAGAGGAAAUUGGCUCGGAUUAGGAGCGCCGAUGAGGGUAUAACCGGCGAUGAUAUUCCCUUUUGUAAACCUUCGUGGAGGAACUAUGGCUUCGCCGAGCUCUCCGCUGCAACCAACAAUUUCAGCCCAGAAAACUUGCUUGGAAAAGGAGGGCAAGCAGAGGUUUACAAAGGCUGUUUAUCCGACGGCCAAAUCGUGGCGGUUAAGAGACUUAUGAAAAAGGAGAAGGAAAACGAAGAAAGAACUGCUGAUUUUUUAUCAGAACUUGGAAUUAUUGCCCAUAUAAACCACCCGAAUGCUGCACGGUUGCUCGGGUUCGGAAUUGAAAGUGGCCUCUACCUUGUCCUAGAAUUCAUUCCUUAUGGCAGCUUUGCCUCGGCCCUUUUUGGUGCGGAACCUCUGGAAUGGAAUAUAAGAUUUAAGGUGGCUCUUGGUGUAGCAGAAGGACUAAACUAUCUUCAUCGUGAAUGUCCGAGGCGCAUCAUUCAUAGAGAUAUCAAAGCUUCUAACAUUUUGCUCGCUGAAAACUACGAGCCACUAAUCUCUGAUUUUGGAUUAGCAAAGUGGCUGCCUGAAAAUUGGGCUCACCAUGUCGUCUUCCCCAUCGAGGGUACAUUUGGAUACUUGGCUCCAGAGUACUUUAUGCAUGGAAUUGUGGAUGAGAGGACCGACGUUUUCGCUUUUGGUGUUUUGCUGCUUGAGCUCAUAACUGGCCGCCGUGCAGUUGAUUCGAGUCGACAAAGCCUUGUGAUUUGGGCAAAGCCAUUACUUGAUAACAACAGCUUCAAGGAAUUAACAGAUCCAAAGUUAGGAGACAACUACGAUCAAACUGAGAUGGGACGAACCAUGUUAGCAGCUUCGAUGUGCAUUAACCAUUCGUCAUCGAUGCGUCCACAUAUGAACCGGGUAGUACAGCUGCUGAAGGGAGAAGAUGGACCAUUAGAUCAAUUAAAACAUAAGUCGAUGGACGGGGAUCGAUCGCUCCUUUUGGAAGCCUGCGACCUCGAAGAUUACACGAAUAAUUCGAGCUACCUGAACGACCUUAAUCGUCACAGGGAGCUCGUUUUGGAGUAAAGCCUUAUAUUUGUGUGCUUCUUCUAUUCGAUUCGGAGACAGAACUUGCUUGUUUGUUUGUGUUGAAAGUUAUAUGAAAUGAUGCCUAAGCAAUUGUGUCAAAGGCUGAGAUAAUAUUCACACAAGUCAAUGUCACUUUCAUGGCUCUGUUAUAUGCCUCUUCUAGGGCUCUUCUUUUUGUCAAACGUGUAUAGAUUAUGAUAGAAGGGCCGCUUAAAUAUAUAUACACUCACAUAUGUAUGCGCAUUUUCAUUGGCAUAAGAGAAUUUGUAUAUUGCAUUAUAUGGUUUGUGGUA